AUGGUUGAGUUGAAGAACGGGGAGACGUACAGUGGCGUGCUGGCCUCAUGCGAUGGCUUCAUGAACCUGCACAUGCGUGACAUCGUGUGCACCAGCCGGGACGGGGAGCGGUUCUGGAAGAUCCCAGAGUGCUACGUGCGAGGGAACAGCAUCAAGUACCUCCGCUUGCCCGAUGAGGUCAUAGACAUGGUGAAGGAUGAGCCAACAUCUCGCAAGGAGAUCCGUCAGCAGUUCAAGGCCCGGGGCCGCGGCCGCGGCAAGGGCGAGGGCCGUGGCCGGGGCGGGCGCGGCCAAGCACCGGGCCCGGGGGAGAAGCGCGGCGGAGGCGGCGCCGACAAGGCUGGCAAGAAGGCAAGGGGAUGA